GCUUUAUUUCAGGCAUGUGUGUUUCAUCUUGUGGAGUGAGUCCAAAGUUUACGAGACUUCAUCCGUUCAAACACGGCUUUGCAAUAUCUGCAUAUAGAAUGCAUUGUUUCGUGGGGUCGAACUUCCUUCUAGCAUUCCCGUUGAAUCGGGCAUGGGAAAACGCACCAGUAUGCACAAGGCGCCACGAAAGCAAGAAUUCAGUUCUCUCUAUUUCCACAUCUAGCCAUCUCUCGGAAUCUAUAUAUAAGCUUGCUUUGUUCCUGGAAUCGAUCGGGAUUUUUAAUUUUCAGUAACAAAGAAGAAUACUCUACCGGACAAUGACUGACCCAAAGAAAGCACAGGCCCCAAUGUUGGUUGAGACCGAGAAGGUCAAAACAAAUUCCAACGACUCUUUAGACGCUGAAACUCAAGACUAUAUCGCAAAGUUCUUGGACAUUUCACAGAAUGCAAAAGAAAAUGACAAGCAAGACAAGCACAUGUCCUUGAAGGAAGGCUUGAAGACAUUCCCUAAAGCAGCCAUGUGGUCUAUACUUUUGUCCACAGUGAUUAUUAUGGAGGGAUACGACGUCAAUCUUCUCAACUCGUUUUACAGCUUCCCAGACUUUGUCGAGAAGUUUGGCCGGUACUAUCCAGAGAAUGACUCAUAUGAGAUCCCCGCCAAAUGGCAAACGGCCUUGUCCAUGGCAGUGUACGUUGGUGAGAUUAUUGGCUUGUUCCUAGCCGGAAUUGUGUCAGACCGGAUUGGAUACCGCAAAACUUUAAUGGGAUCCUUGGCUAUGGUGACUGGUUUCAUCUUCAUUGUUUUCUUUGCUCCGAACGUGCAAGUUUUACUCGUGGGAGAAAUUUUGUUAGGCUUGCCUUGGGGUGCUUUCCAAACUUUGACAGUCUCUUACGCUUCUGAGGUAUGCCCAACUGUUUUGAGAUUGUAUUUGACAACUUACGUGAAUGCGUGCUGGGUGAUCGGACAGUUGAUUUCUUCUAGUAUUUUGAAAGGAAUGCUUAAUUCUAAUAUCGAGGAUUCAUACCGGAUUCCGUUUGCGUUGCAAUGGGUUUGGCCCGUCCCCAUUGCAAUUGGUAUCUAUUUUGCACCCGAGUCACCAUGGUGGUUGAUGAAAGUUGAUAGGGCGAGCGAUGCUAAGAAAUCACUUAUGAGAUUGCUCAGUGAGAAUGAAAACACUCCAGACAAGGAGAUUUUGGCCAAUGCAAUGGUCGACAAGAUGCUGAUGACAAUCAAAGAAGAAGCUGCAGUGCAAGAAGGAAUUUCUUACUUUGACGCUUUCAAACCAAACAAUUGGAGAAGAACGAGAGUAACUUGUAUGACUUGGUUGGUGCAAAACAUUACUGGAUCUGCUUUCAUGGGAUAUUCCACAUAUUUCUACCUCAACGCCGGCUUGUCAACCUCCAAUUCUUUUACCUUUUCCAUCGUUCAGUAUGUGUUGGGUCUCAUUGGAACCAUUUUGUCGUGGUUUCUUUCCCAGAAGUUUGGUAGAUUUGAUAUUUACUUUGGUGGUCUCUGCGUGCAGUCAGUGCUUUUGAUAGUCACUGGGUGUCUUGGUACAGUUAAUUCUCCUGGGGCAUCUUGGGGAGUCGGGUCCUUGCUUUUGGUCUUCACGUUUGUAUAUGAUAUGUCUGUUGGACCUAUCUGCUACUGUUUAGUGACCGAGCUUCCAUCAACUCAAUUGAGAACCAAGACGGUUAUCUUGGCAAGAAAUCUUUACAAUCUUUCGGGCAUUGUGAUUGCUAUAAUAAUGCCAUAUAUGUUGAACCCUACCGCAUGGAACUGGGGGGCAAAGACGGGAUUUUUCUGGGGCGGCUUUGCCGUCCUUUCUUCCAUCUGGUGUUGGUUUGAAUUGCCAGAAACCAAGGGAAGGACUUUCGCAGAGUUGGACAAUUUAUUUAGCCAAGGCAUCUCCGCCAGAAAGUUCAAGUCUACCGAGGUGGAAGUCUUUGAUGUUGGCCACAUGAUGGAAAAAAUCGGUCAGGAUGGAAUCCGCGGGGUAGUCGAAGAUAAAAAAGCUGAUUUCGGACACGUUGAACGUGUUUGAUUUGGUUGCAUUACGUUAGACUUUCCAAUUCGUUUCAAUUCUUGAUAUAUAGAAAAUAAAGAGUCGCGUUCGACAGGCUUUCUUU